CCCCUGGCUCGAGGGGCGCCGCUGCUCCAGUCGGAGGAGGGCGAGCUGGGAGAACCGGCGGCGGGCUCGGCGCGGCCAGGCGCCGCCCUCCGCCUUCGCGUCGCGCGCGCGCGCCUCGCGGUGGAGAGGCCGAUGGCGCCGAGCAGAGGCCGCGCGCGCGCGCCCCGCGGCUGGAGCCUGCUGGGCGGGCUCCUCGCCCUGCGUCUCUGGCCGCCGCCGCGCGCCACCGCCCAGGACAUCUACUCGCCGGAGGACCCCGCCCUCUGCGCCUUCGUGCGCCUCCAGGGCGGCGCGGCCGCAGCCGCGGAGGAGGCCACCGCGGAGGCGCUGCGGGCCACCUGGGCCGCGGACGCCCGCUUCCUCCGCGCGGCCGCGGGGGAGGAGCACUUCUGGCAGCACCUCGGGACUGACGACGAG